CUUUCCCUUCUCCUUUUCGUUUGGGAAAAUUCCUCUGCCCGCUUUCCUCUUUUAAUCCGUUCCCUUUCUAAACCCCUGCAAAUUUGCAAUAUACGGAGUAUUACUAUUAAUCAAGCAGACACAAAAUUUAUUAAGGCUGAUGAUAUGGACUCCGGAAACAGUUCAUCCGGCGGCGGCGGCGGCGGCGAUAAUGAAGAGUACGAUUCAUCACGCGGAGGAGAAGACCCGAUUUCCGGAUACUUCAUUUAUCAUUUUGAAUCUAAUGCCGGAUCUCAGCUCUUUCUGUCGUCAAUCCCGCCCGCUCUCAGUUCUCCAUACUUCGACAAUAAUCAGCAACACGAUUUGAUUGGGCCUGGGCCUAGUCUCUCCGGGUUGCUAUUCGGAGGAUCCGAACCCGGUUUCGCCACUGGCCUUGCCGAUUUCGUGCCUAAUCCUACUUCGUCGUCAUCGCCGAUCCUCGUCGGGGCCCGGCAGGAAAACGGCCACUUUCUGGACCCGUCAUCGUCGGCGCAACCGGCGGUUGAGAAUCCUGGACCCGGGUCGGGUUCUGCGGCUCCCAAGAACCCCAAGAAACGGAGUCGGGCCUCGAGGAGGGCGCCCACCACCGUUCUCGCGACGGACAUCGCGAAUUUCCGGCAGAUGGUCCAAGAGUUCACCGGAAUCCCAGCGGAUCCGUUCGCUCGCCGGCUGGACCUCUUCUCCGCCGCCGCUUCCCCGUCAGCGUUAAUGAGGCCGGCCCAUUUCGAUGGUCCUCCACUUCUUAGGCCAUCAUCAUCGGCAGCCCAAAGUCCGGGGCUCUUGUUCAACACCGGGUCGGGUUCAAAUCCAAGUACUAAUAAUACCAACAAUCUAGGAAUCACAACACAAGAUGAACCAGAUUUGCUCCACCAUCCACUCCUACAAUCGGGCAACCAGGAACCGAUUCUUAAGAGCAACCAAACUGAAGACCGAUCGAGCUGAUCGAAGUUACGGUUAGUGUUCAAGUCCUCCAAGAUGAAUUGACGACCGAACCGUAUUGUUUCGGGUAUAACGUAUGUAUACCAUGUAAUAAUGCAAUCACACGUACACAUGUUGCACUCAGUUCUUGACUUUAGAUGAACAAAUUUAUUGCACUAAACAAUGUUGAUCUCAUAAAAGACUUGUUUAUAA